AAGGUUUACCUUUUACCCUCUAAUAUCUUUAACUUUUAUAAGGUCAUGGUUGCAUAUAACCAGCAAGAGGAUCAUGCACAAAAGGCAUAUAUGCCUUUACCUGUGCCUAACUUGAAAUCCUCCCUGGCUAUAUACUUCAGGAUGACCAGUUGUUUAAAAACCUGUGUCCACAAUCUGUUGGUGUGGCCUUAGGAUGGCUGAAACUUGUCUGUUGGGGCCACAGCCCAACGAAGUAACUGCUCAAUAAAUACCUAAGGGCACAGACUUGUUUCCUCAGGUGCUGGGCUCCUUCCUCCAUCCUCCAAAGUCACUGCUGGAUGAUUGCUCCAAUCAGGCUCUCCCAAACGCUGCAACCUGGGGCUGGAUGUCCCACGGGGAGCAGCAACCCGCGUUCGCGCUCACCUUCUCCGGGCGCGUAUCGCUUUAAGGGCGGCGGGGCUGCGCGCGGGCCUCGCUCUGGGCCGGAGCCUGCGCGUCCGUGUCCCCGGCGAAGGCUGCGUCUGCCGCGGACCCAGGGCAACGAGCAAACGGGGAGAUGCUCAGGCUGCGCGGUUGCUGCGCGCGUCCCCGCGGCGCUCCGGUCCGGAAUGAGCGGAGCCGGGCAGGCAGCCGCGCCCUGCGGGUGCUGGUGGACAUGGACGGCGUGCUGGCGGACUUUGAGGGCGGCUUCCUCCGGAAGUUCCGCGCGCGCUUCCCGGACCUGCCCUUCGUGGCGCUGGAGGACCGGCGCGGCUUCUGGGUGUCGGAGCAGUACGGACGUCUGCAGCCUGGGCUGAGCGAGAAAGCCGUCAGCAUCUGGGAGUCAAAGGAUUUCUUCUUUGAACUCGAGCCUCUGCCAGGAGCCGUGGAAGCUGUGAAGCAGAUGGCCAACCUGCAGAACACCGAUGUCUUCAUCUGCACGAGCCCCAUCAAGAUGAUCAAGUACUGUCCCUAUGAGAAGUACGCCUGGGUGGAGAAGCACUUCGGCCCUGACUUUCUGGAGCAGAUUGUAUUGACCAGAGACAAGACCGUGGUCUCUGCUGACCUUCUCAUAGAUGACCGGCCGGACAUCACAGGGGCCGAGCCACACCCCAGCUGGGAGCACAUCCUCUUCACCUCCUGCCACAAUCAUCACCUGCAGCUGAAGCCCCCUCGCCGGAGGCUGCACUCGUGGGCAGAUGAUUGGAAGGCCAUCUUGGACAGCAAGCGGCCCCGCUGAGGGCUGCACUGCGGCUCUCUCGUGGUCCAGUGUGGGGCUCGCAGCUCAUGACUGGACAGCAAGCAGUUUGCUGAGGGCUGUGCUGCAGCUCCCUGGCAUUUCCUGGAGGACCCAAUGGAUCCUUGAUCAAGACAACCUCUCGACACACUCCCCUUCCUCUCCUGGCCCAGUCCUUUACCUGAUCUUGGGGCAGGGCUGGGAGAAAGGCAUUUGCUCUCGGGCAACUUGGCCUAGCCUUAGGCAGGGGCCAUGCCACUGCCUCCCACUGCUUACAAUAGGGUGUUCUCUAAGGAACGGAGGGGCCCUGGUUCAGCAUCUGUGGCCUUUGCAAGGUAAAGAGUGCCAGGGGCAGAUGACAGAGGGUCCCCUGGUGGACAUGAGCCCUUUCAACUCUAACAUGGCGCCUUGUCCAACUUGCCCACUUAGUCUGUUCUCUCUCCUCCUGGUGUUCAGUGGCCACCAGGCUCUCUUGGAGGCCAACAGUGACCCUGCCUAUGGCUAGUGCUGUGGUCUCUUUCCCUGGUGUCCCUAGAUCCUAUUCACGGCCCAGCGAGGAGCCAGCAGGCUUGAUCAUUUGUUGACCAUGUGAGAAACAAAUGCCAUUCACAUGUAGCUGCGGCCUUCUCUAGCACCUGCCCCAGAAUGAUCUCGUGUCCACCAGCCUGUGAUGUAAGCAUCUGGGAGUCCCCCAUGGACAAACAGAGGUGGGCAUAGCUCUCCUUUGUGGUCCUCACGUGGUACCACGUGGGCACAAGGGCGAAAUGGCCUCAGUGCAGCACAGCUGGCAGCCUGACGGUUCCUUUUGGUCCCAUUCGUCUGAGGGAGGCCCUGCUUCCCUCAAGCCCAGUACCUCACACAUGUUCUCCUAACCCUGAGUCAGGCACAGGGCCUUCUCUAUGCUUUCCUCAAGGCCAAGUUUCCAUAGGCCUAGAAGCUGUUGUCACAGCCUCAGUGCGUGUUCCUUUUGGGCUGGGUCCUUGGGAGGUGACACUUGAACCAACUGCCCCCCCUCCUUGAGAAUUUAUAAACGGUGCCAUUGGAGACCAGCUGCAUCCUCGGAACCCUUACCAGAGAUGGGCUGGAGACCAGCUGCAUUCUCAGAACCCUUACCAGAGAUGGGCUGGAGACCAGCUGCAUCCUCGGAACCCUUAUCUGAGAUGGGCAUGAUGACACACACCUGUUUUCUCGGCACUUAGGUUGGCACAGGAGUGUUGCUGUGGGUUCAAGACCAGUUAGGGUUGCAUAGCAAAGCCCUGUCUAAAAACAUUAAAAACCAGGACCCCAGUUUGUUUCCUGGCCUUCAUACUAUGCCUUCAGCAUCUGUGGCAGGUGAUCUUCUGACUGCCUAGGAACCGGGCUAGGUAGA